AUGCCCGAAACCACACGGAAGACGAAUGCGACCAAGGCGGUGCUUGACACUCCUCGAAACUCCCAGAAGAAAGCAGCGCUGCCGUUUGAGAUCUUCCUUGAUAUUGCCGAGCUGGCGGUUGCCGAAAUCGCCGACAAAACAGACACAGAGUACUGGGACCUAGAAUGGGACGAUGACACUGCGUCCAACGUUCUCUUGUGCUAUGGUUUCAACGGCCCAGAGCCGGAUCAGCACGACUUCCAUCAACGAUGGCGAUACCGGAAAAUAUCCACUUUCAUGCAAAUCAACCACAUGACACGCUCCACGGUCACCAAGGCGGCUCUCGUCAUCUUUCCUCUCCAAAAGAGGCGCAAGAAGGACAUUGGCAAAGCUUUCAUCUUUCCGAAGAGAGACAAGUUCAAUCUCAUCGCCUAUCAUUGGUCAAUUUUCGGAAGUUCCCCCAGGCCCACAAUCUGGAAUGCCAUGGAAUGCCCCAACAACGCCUUCAAACCACUUUGGAACCGACUCAGCUGCGUGGUCGUGGAUUCGCCUUAUUUUUUCCAGCAGACAAAUGGAAAGAAAGCCAACAUUCUCCUCGCUCUGCCGGGACUUGCAGCGAAGAUGAAGACCAUCUUCUCCAGCUUCUUCAAGUAA